AUGACAGGCGCCAGUGCCUGGCAAUCAUCUACCACUGCAUGGGCAAGUGCUGACCUAGCUUUAGACGGGAACAUGGAAGGUCAUUUCUUCGGCCACUCGUGUACUCAUACUGCAAAUGGUGAUGCAAAUCCGUACUGGGUUAUGGAACUUGGCUCGGAGGGACCAGUCGGCCGAAUCGUCUUUUAUUUUAGAACAGACUGCUACGAAAGAAAGUCCCAGUUGAACUUUCUGGUAUCUAGAACUCGAAAUGAUGUGGAUGAAGAUAUUGGAACCAUGUGUGCAACUUACGACGGUCCACCUAGCGAUCCAAGAGUACCUGCUACAAUCACUUGUGAUACAUUUGUGUAUGGGAGAACUAUUAAGAAUAUAGACUGCCUUGGAAUUUUUAACAAUAAUGAUAUUGCGAUAUAUAAAGCUUUAACAAUUAACGUUACCACCAUGCCCAAGUUGAAACCAGCACACUAUAUAAAAAUGACUAAGAACUGUACUUCUUUUAUUAACGACAGAGGAUAUAUAACGCACCAUUUGACGGAAGAAGAGAGGAACUUUCCCAUUGCAUUCAGCAUUCUUAUGUAUAAAGAUGUAGAACAAGCUGAACGACUUUUACGCGCAAUUUACAGACCACAAAAUAUUUAUUGUAUACAUGUGGAUUCUAAGACAGAUGAAAAAAUUUAUAAAGCAAUGUCAAGAAUCGCAAACUGUUUCCAAAACGUUUUCUUAUCAAACAAAAGAGUCAAUGUUACAUGGGGUGAAAUAUCCGUACUGGAACCCGAACUUUUAUGUAUGGAACAGUUAUGGGCGAGAAACAAAAAAUGGAAAUAUUUCAUAAAUUUGACAGGACAGGAAUUUCCACUGAAAACCAAUUAUGAACUAGUGCAGAUUUUAAAGGCAUACAAUGGGUCUAAUGACGUAGAAACGACCGUAGUACAAAAAGAAAGUAAUAUAAAUAAAAAGUGGCACAGAUGUUUACCAAAGAAUGAAAUAACACCACCACAUGAAAUUAAUGUUACAAAAGGGGCCGUCCAUAUAGCAGUUACCCGAGGGUUCGUUGAUUACAGUUUACAUGACCCAAGAGCACGUGACAUUUUGGAUUACGUUAACACAUCUUGCAAGAUACCUGACGAGGCAUAUUUCACAAUAUUGAAUCAUAACCGACAUCUAGGUGUCCCUGGGUCUUAUAAAGAUUUGCCGCUUCUGUCGACAAGGAAAGAGCUCCUUGCAAAUAAGUUUCACUUAGAUGAGCAACCUGUGACCUACGGGUGUCUUGAAGAGUUGAUAUUCAAUCGCACACGUGACGAAUACCAAGGAAAACGAACGUUUGAUACCAGCUGGUACUCAAAUUUAGGAUUUGUUUUGGCCGAAUCUAAAGUAGACUAA